AAACAACAAAGAUGUUUAUUGACACAGCAGAGUAUUGAAUUGAUGAAUAAUGGAAUACUGAGGUGAGUAAACAGUUCGUAGAAGGUUUUUACUUGAACUGACAGGAACUUGACUUGAGUUUGUCUCUUGACAGGACCGAUGGGUUCCAGGAGCAGGACACAGAGAUCGACUGAACACACACCGCAGGAGCCAGGAGCCAGGAGUCUGACCAGGAAACAGAGGAGACAACUGGAACUGGAGAAGAACACGAAAGGUAAGUACAAGGUAAAUACGAACAUGCUUAAACUCAAAAGAGCGCCAGCAAUAGUCCGAUUCAUUAGUAACAAGACUGGACACUGAGGGAUCUGUGGUGUGUGCUUAAAUACUGGUGCUGGUGUAUCUGAAUAGAACACGGUGUGCCUGUGUGCGUUGUGGUUAGCUGGUGGAGGAGCCUGGCUGAUCUCUAACACAAGCCCUUUUGGUUAGGUUGGAGCCAGCCUUAUCCAUUUUUCUAUGAGGUUGUGAGGGGGUUCAGUUUAAUCCUAUUCAAUAUACACUAUAUCCUUGAAGAUAAAAAAUUUGUUUUAUGUAUUUAAUAAAAUUUACAUUAACAUCAAAUUUAUACUUACUGCAUGUUUUCUGCCUUUAUAGCAAAUGUGUACAAGUCACGCUUAAUGUACUAAUCACUAUGAAAUGUUGCUGUGAAGUAGUUAUUGUAUGCACAUAGAUGUUUUACCUGUACAUACUAGCACCACAGCUGCUGUGUCACCAUUCCUUGAGACACGAUACACAGCUGUCGAAAGUUGAGAUGUUUUCAAUGACAGUGUUGUCUUUGACUUUGUCUUUUACUCCUAAACAUGAUCAAGCUGCUCGUAAUACUGAAUGGUGCCUUAUAUUGCGAUCCUGUGAUAAGUGUGAAAUUUCUUUUUAGGUACACAUGGAUCAGCUGAGCAUUAGCUGGUACGAGCUUGACUAAUGUGGCCCGCUAGAACUAAAGCUUGGUAAUGAAUCAUUAUGGUCGAUAUACAAUAUAAGAGAGCAGUAAACUUUGGUGGAUUACAUACCUCUCCUGUCUAUAAAACAUUUAAAUUAUCGAGGACACUGUUUGUCUACCAGGAUUCGAACCCAUCUCGACCAUUGACAGGCCAAAACAUGGCCCCCUUUUAUGGAAGGGUUUUCCAGACUAUUUUCAAAUGGAAUUGCAAAUUGUAUUUUUAACUGCAUUUCCAAUAUAUGGACGCAUAAACAUUUCUUGUUUGAUGGUACGAAAGACACAAGAAUUGCAAGCUCAUACAAUGCAGUGAUAAACAACAAUUUUCCAUUCUAUACUAUAUUUAAAGUAUGUCGACUCCUUAUCAAAAACCAUGCCAAGAUUUACCAUAACCGGACCAAGACUUAUGUUUGCGCUCUAAAGAAGAGUAGAAACUCACUGUGGAUUACACUGGGAAAGUGCCGCUCCACAGUGCUGUCCUACUGGAGUCGACUCUCUGCGCAUGCGCUGAAAUUGACCGCUCCGGUUGCUCCUGUUGUAAACAAGACGGUACAACAACAGUAAACGGUUUAAUUUUGGCAGCUGGGAGUGAAGGCGCAUUUUACCUGUUACGUACUGACUGUGGAUAUGAAAGGACAACAGAAAAGUUCUGAACCUGAUGUCAAUGUUCCAGUCAUUGAAGAAGGGGCAGUUGCUACUGCAGAGGACCCAUCAGCAAUCACAACUAUUCAGUCUGCUUCUACAUUCUCCUCGGAGCAGCCGAUUAAAUACCUCUUCAAGACUGAGGGAGCUGGGGGGCAGGUAGGGGAGCUGUACCCUCCCUCAGGGCAGGUUACAUAUCGCGUAAUCCAAGUUGCAGAUGGACAGCUGGAAGCUCAAACUGACGGCGCAACAGCUGUUAGUGUAGUGACUGGGUUUCCUGCUACAACACAGCCUGUUACGCAGGCAGUUUUCUCUCAGUCAGAAGGCUUGGAGGGCGAUGGCACAGAAACCCAUUACACAUACUAUCCUGCUACUAUCUCAGACGCAGCGGCUGGCACCAUGGUGACCGGUGUUCAGGCCUCAGAUGCUCUGCUCAGUCAAAGUGCUCCUGCAGGUCAGUUGUAUGUUAUGAUGUCCCCGCAGGAGGUCCUUACUGGAGCCAACCAGAGGUCUAUUGCACCUCGUACACAACCUUACAAUGCUAAGACAGAAGGGCCAAGGACUUCAAGAGAUGAGAAAAGACGAGCUCAGCACAAUGAAGUGGAGCGAAGACGCAGAGACAAAAUUAACAAUUGGAUUGUUCAGCUCUCCAAAACAAUUCCAGACUGCACCAUGGAUUCCACUAAAACUGGCCAGAGUAAAGGUGGGAUCCUGUCAAAGGCCUGCGAUUACAUUCAGGAGCUGCGGCAAAGUAACAGUCGGUUAGGAGAUGAACUGAACAGCCUUGAGAGGUUAAAGAUGGACAACCAGCUGUUACGGCAAGAGGUGGAAGAUUGGAAAUCUAAGAAUCAGAUUUUGAGGAGCCAGCUCCGGCAGCAUGGCAUAGUUGCAGCAGCGAGUGCAGAUCCCCAGUGAAGAGCUCAAAGGAUGUUGGAUUUUUUUGGGAUGUCGAAAAUUUAGAUUGGAAAAACACUCAGUGCAGAGGAUUCGAUUUUCUGAUGUUUUUAAACAACCUUGAACAAUGCAGGACUUAUAUAAUGCAGUAUUCAACAAACCGGUGAUGAUUCUCCAUUGGGAUCUUGCCUUAUGUACAUAUUUUAUUUUUCUUUUAUGUGUCCCAUGCUUUCAUGUAACUUAGCAUUCUUUUUUUAUGUACCGAAACAGGUCAGAAUUUUUUUUUUUUACUUUGUACUGUUACUUCUAAACUUUGUGGAAAUUAUUAAUGUUAAAUCUUUGUGUUAUUAAUGCAUUUUCAUAUUUUUCAUACUUUUGAGGUUCUGGUUUUUCAGCUUAGUUUGUCCGAAUAAUGAACAUGUCAAAUAACUGCCUGUUAACUGACAAUUUACAACAUAUUUCACUAUGCAGAGUACUGAAAUAAAUGACACAUUUUCCCACUA